CUUUUAUCUAUUGCUUAAUUGCGCCAGUAGAUUUAGGGCACCCGCUAUAAACCCUUUUUCGCCGGAGAGUCAAGUUGGCCGUAACUCGGAGAUAUAGAGAAUAAGAAUAGAAAUUUUGACGGCGGAGAGUGUGUAAGAAUGGCUGAUGGGGAGAAAAGGGGAGGAGAUAGCAGCAGCGAAGAGGAAGAUCCCAAGUGGAAAGCCGCCAUCAAUUCAAUAGUCACCACCACAGCUUACGCCACGAAGCUCGCAGCUACUCAGCAAUCUGAAGAUGGGGACUUUCGAAUCAAACCUAAAAAGCUAACACAUGCCCAAAUCAAGGUGAAGAAGCUAUUGAAUGAAAUGGUGGAGAAUACUUUAGACUUUGUUAAAGAUCCUGUCACUGUUCCAGAAGAUGAACAUGAACCUGAGAAUGACUGUGGAGUUCGGCUAUUUAAGAGGUGUUCAACUGGCAUCAUCUUUGAUCAUGUUGAUGAGCUUCAAGGACCUAAGAAGAGGCCUAAAUUACGCCCUGAUAGAGGAGCUGAAGGAAGCUCUAAAGAGUUUAAGAAACGAAUAAAAUCCAUAGCUGUUGACGGGUCGGAUGUAUUGUCUGCUGCGAUGGAAGCAGCCAAGAAAGCCUCAGCUAGGCUUGAGGGGAAAGAAGCGGCUGCCAAAGCUAAAGCCAAGAAAGAAGAAGAGAGAGUCGCUGAACUCAAGAAAGUAAGAGGAGAAAAAUGGCUACCUUCCGUUGCACGGGCAUUGCAGCUAAACAAAAAUUCCACAUCGAGAUCCCCAAAAUCGUAAAGAUCCAUCCAUUCACCCAACUUUUAUAUCUAGUUUACUUGAAGAAGAAACUAGAGAGAGAGAGAGAGAGAGAUCAUUUGUUCUUGAUGUAGUGAGGGUGAUGUUUUUAAAGAGAUUUUUGCGUCGUCUUGGUCCAAAAGAAAUAUUAUAAUCCAUUAGAAAUCUCCUCAACUGCGUAUGCACUUUUCUAAGCUACUUGCUUUGAUGAUGAAGAGAAAGCAAUUCCAC